CGAAAAAAAAAAGGGAAAGGGGGAGAAUAUGAUUCAUGUUAACCAUAACCAGUCGUCUUCUUCUUGUGUCCUUCGUUCGGAUCUCUGAGCUGCGGCUGCUCUUUUUGACCGCUUCCAUCUCCAAUCUCAUCCUGAUUGAAUUGAUCACCACAGUUCCAACCUUUGUUGUAAGUGAACCCAUUACAGAAAUAUUCACUGAAAUGGCUGGAGGAGGAGUGAUCCACCAGCUUUUGAGGAGGAAGCUUCAGCAACACUCUGCUGCCUCUUCAUUUUUAUCUAUCUUUGCUUCAAAGAAAGUUCAUGAUGAUGCUGGAACAGCAGGUAUGAAUUCCCUAAGAACAUUUGCACUCCUUGGAGCUGGCCUUUCUGGGUUUCUGGGUUUCGCAACUGUAGCAUCUGCUGAUGAGGCUGAACAUGGCUUAGAAUGUCCAAGCUAUCCUUGGCCUCACAAAGGCAUUCUCAGUUCAUAUGACCAUGCUUCGAUCCGCCGUGGCCACCAAGUUUACCAGCAAGUAUGUGCAUCUUGCCACUCCAUGUCUUUGAUAUCACAUCGUGAUUUGGUAGGUGUUGCAUAUACAGAAGAGGAGGUGAAAGCUAUGGCAGCUGAGAUCGAGGUGGUUGAUGGGCCCAAUGAUGAGGGUGAGAUGUUUACCCGUCCUGGUAAACUCAGUGAUCGUUUUCCUCAGCCAUAUGCAAAUGAACAAGCAGCCAGAUUUGCUAAUGGAGGGGCCUAUCCUCCUGAUCUAAGUCUUAUUACUAAAGCUCGUCACAAUGGUCAGAACUAUGUUUUUGCUCUUUUAACUGGUUACCGUGAUCCUCCAGCUGGUGUUUCUAUCAGAGAGGGAUUGCAUUACAAUCCUUACUUUCCUGGAGGAGCUAUUGCCAUGCCUAAAAUGCUGAAUGAUGGUGCUGUUGAAUAUGAAGAUGGUACCCCUGCAACAGAAGCACAGAUGGGAAAAGAUGUUGUAACAUUUUUAUCAUGGGCUGCAGAGCCAGAAAUGGAAGAAAGAAAAUUGAUGGGUUUUAAAUGGAUAUUUGUACUCUCACUGGCAUUACUUCAGGCUGCAUAUUACCGGCGCUUGAAGUGGUCAGUUUUGAAGUCUCGCAGGCUUGUUGUUGAUGUCGUCAACUAGGUUCCAUCUGGUUUCUCUCAUUCCAGUGAUUUGGGAGGACUUGAAAUUGGCAAAUAAUUGCUUUGUCAGAAAACUAGGCUUCUGCCGUGGCAAAAUUGGUGGACAUAUUGUAAUGGUGAUGGAGUGACCUGAAGAGUCCUUUAUUGAAUUGAGGAAGAAAAUAAGCUACUUCAUAUACACAACAAAUUAUUUUUGUCUGACAUGAAUUUUUUGUUAGAUUUUUUUUUUUCUCUAAGUGAUGUGUUCUUCUGUUUCGAUUGCAGUCUUCCGUACCAUAAGCGAUAUUGUGCUUAUUGAUUGUGAAUUUCAGGGAGGGUAUUUGCUCCUUCUUUGGAUUGUUAGAACCUGCCAUUGAAAUUAAUAAGUGGGACUUACAAUGAACAAGUCCUCUUUGUAUUCUUUGUA